AUGGCCAAGUCGUUGAGAAGCAAGUCCAAGUUGAGGGCCAAGUCCAUCAAGAGAAAGGGCGAGUUUGCCAACUAUGCCAACGAGAGAACCGCUCGUCUUGCUGCUAAAGCUAAGGCUUUUGAAGAAAAACAGAAGAAUCAGAAGGACGAGGAUGCUAUGGAAGAAGAGCAGGAAGAGAAGCCCGAGGGAGAGGCUGAAGGUGAAUCCAAGCCUGAAACUGAAUCUUUGAAGAACGUCAAGACUUCUGGUUUGAAGAACACCAGUAGGAUCAGAAAGAGAGGUUUGAAGAAGAGAGGCCACACGAAGUUCUAA